GCAGGAAGUUAGCGUUCUGGAGCCACAGGAACGGGGGGACCCCCAGAAGAUUUUAGACACGUUAAAGAGGGCAUUCAAAGACACAGUUUCGGCCAAUAUUAUUAUGGGUAGGUUCUACAGUCAGAGGCAGGGGCCAGACGAGACAGUGCGGGCAUAUGCGGUACAGCUGCGGACCCUGAUGCGCCGGGCCCGUAGACAGGACCCCCAAAUUUGCGCUGACCCCGACAAGGCGCUCCGCGACCAGUUUGUCGAGGGGCUCAAAGAUAAAGACGUAAGGCUAGAACUCCUGCGCCGAGUCCGUCGACAUGAGACCCUCACGUUUGCGGAGGUGAAAGAGGAAGCUCUCGAGCUAGUGGAGGCAAACACCCGAGUGCGAGGUGUACAGGUGCGCGGUGCGAGCGCGGCUGAAGCUAUAGAUCAAGACGCGUCGGGCACCGCCACCUUGUUGCCAGCACCCGGGGGCGCCUCUCCAGACGCCAUCUCGCUGAUGCGUCAAGUAGAGGAACUCCGGCGGGAACGACAUGGGCUUUUAGAGCAAAACCACUAUUUGUCCAGGGUAGCGGGUACUUUGUGUAGCGAAAUAGAGAAUUUGAGGGGUCGAUCUCAAGCCCAGGCCGGGCCCCGCCAGUCAGGUGGGCCGAAUCCGCGAAGCCAAUCGGGCAGUAGAAAUAAUAACGGGUAUCGCUCCUCCGGCCGGAACCCCCGGCGCGGAUUCACGGCGGACCGUAGGCCUAUAUGCUACUCGUGUAAUGAGGAGGGGCACAUGAGUCGCAACUGUCCCCAGGUAGACGCGCCUCCAGCGGCCGGGCACCAGUCUAACCCAUUGACUCCGCCCAACUCAGAUCGGCUCAAUGGCACCCGCGAUUCAGGGCCGGGGUCACUAAACUGGCAGGCUCCGCCAGCGGGGGGCGACUCGCGGAGACAAUAG